CUUCUUCGGACACUCCAAACCCCUUGCUCCUACACUCACUCACCAUGCCACUGCCACAUAUUCAACAAACCACCGUAAACCAAUUACACCAUUAACCACCUUUAAUGGAAGCUGUUUUAUUCGCCGCUAAUCCAGCUUCUCACCUCAAACUUCUUCCCACUCUCAAACAACCCUUCUCUUCCACCCACCACCUCCCCUUCCGCCACAAAACCAACCACGUCCACCUCCCUCCUCUCUCCGCACUCCAAAACCAGAGCCAGCCAACUCCCACCGAAGAUGAAUCCUACGGCGAGGUCAAGAAAAUCAUCGGAAGCAGAGCCCUCGAAGGUGCCACUGGAAUGGAGUACCUCAUAGAGUGGAAAGACGGUCAUGCCCCUUCCUGGGUCCCCUCUGACUUCAUAGCCAAAGACGUCCUCUCCGAAUACGAGUCUCCCUGGUGGACCGCAGCUAAGAAAGCCGACCACGACGCACUCCGUCAAAUCCUCGACUCCGAUGAUGGUCGGGACGUCAACGCCGUCGACUCAGACGGCCGCACUGCCCUCCUCUUCGUCGCUGGACUGGGUUCUGAGCCCUGCGUCCGCCUCCUCGCGGAGUCCGGCGCCGAUGUCGACCACCGCGACAACGCCGGCGGCCUCACCGCUCUCCACAUGGCGGCGGGCUACGUGAGGCCCGGCGUCGCGAAGCUUCUCCUGGACCUCGGUGCGGAUCCGGAAGGGGAGGACGAUCGAGGGAGAACGGCGCUGGAUCUGGCGAGGGAGCUUCUGAAGGCGACGCCGAAAGGGAAUCCGAUGCAGUUUGGGAGGAGGAUUGGGUUGGAAGGGGUGGUUAGGGUUUUGGAAGGCGCGGUUUUCGAGUUCGCGGAGGUGGAGGAGAUUAUUGAGCGGAGGGGGAAGGGUGAGAAUUUGGAGUACCUUGUGCGGUGGAAGGAUGGUGGCGCCAACGAGUGGGUGAAGGCGAGGUUUGUGGCGGAGGAUCUGGUUAGGGAUUACGAAGCUGGCCUUGAGUACGCGGUGGCGGAGGCGGUGCUUGGGAAAAGGGUCGGCGAUGAAGGGAGACCGGAGUUUUUAGUUAAGUGGGCUGAUAUGGAUGAGCCCACUUGGGAGCCUGAGGAGAAUGUGGAUCCUGAACUCGUUAAGGAGUUUGAGUUAAGUAGUAAUGGUCAGGCCCAAAUUAGUAAUGGGCCUAUUCCGAGUAAUGGGCCUGAAGUGGUGUUUUCGAAUCAGGACAGCCUGUGAUUGGCAUAAUUGUUUCGUUUCUAAAAUUACAUGAUCUAAUAAUGCAAAUUUUACUAGUUGCUUUGCUGAUUAAA